ACUAUAUCGUACUCCAAGAACAUGACGUACGCGGAACUGGUGAUCACGGAUGUGAAGCCGGAGGAUGAGGGCGUGUACCGGUGUGAGAUCACGUACCUGCAGGUUGGCGAGGACUGCAACACCGUGCAGAUCACGGAUUUCCAUACUUACAUAAAACCAAAAUCAGUGGAACUGAUAACUGGCGAUGGGAAGGCGCUCUCAGAUAACGCGAUCUUCGGGCCCCUGCUGGAGAGAGCGAAGGUCAACAUCAGCUGUACUGUUCACGAGGGGAAACCACAGCCGAAGGUCGUGUGGUACUUCAGAAAGAACAGAGGAGAUGAUAUGCGGGAGCUGAACGGUGAAACAAUAACGCCAGACAACUCGACGAUCACUCGCGUGCUGCCGCUGACAGUGACGCGUGAGGAGUUGGGAGGCGAGCUGACCUGCGUGGUGAGCUCCGCGGCCCUGGACGCUGAUAUCGUGAAGAAGAUCAAACUUGAUGUUAGAGUGCCUCCGAACAAGACUUACAUCGACGGCGUAGGAGAGCACGCGACGCAAGGCACCGUGCUGACUGUGUCCUGCGUGGCUUCGGGAGCCAGACCAGCCGCCAAGAUCGAGUGGUACAACGGCACCCAGAAACUGAGCCCCGACGACCAUAAUAUUAACCAGAGUGACGUGGAAACGGAGGACACAACCUUCACGACUAAGUCGAGUCUAAUCUUCGAGGCGACCCGCUUCGAGAACGGCCAGAAGUUCCAUUGUGAGGCAGCCAAUGAGGUCACCGUAGAGACCAAGGACCAACCCAUGCAUGCUACUAAAGAACUUGAGAUUUGGUAUCCCCCAAUCGUUCGUGUGGAACCAAAGAAUAUAACAGUCGUUGAAGGAUCGAAGCUGCUUCUAAAAUGUGAAUACGAAAGCAAUCCAUCCUCACUACUUGAUGUCAUUUGGUACCGUAACGGCGAGCGCGUGCCAGUGAACAACACGAGUCACUACGAGGGCGGCACCACCAAUCAGCACUCGCUCAUCAUCCUGGACGCCAACGGCAGUGACAUGGGCAACUACACGUGCGUCCUCAGCAACGUCGUCGGGAACGGUAGCAGUGAGGAUAGCAUCGAUGUCAAUGUUCUAUUCAAACCCCAAGUACGACUCACCAUGAGUUCUCCAAGCCCCAUCUUGGAGACAGAUCAUAAGAACGUGACGCUGACGUGUGAGGUGGUCUCCGGCAACCCGCCACUCCUGGACGAGGUCAUCUGGUAUCUGGAUGGAGAGGUGCUGAAGCAUCUGCCUGAGUGCAAUGAUACUGAGGGUGAAGAAAACUUAUGCAACGAAGUGGAUCCAUCGAUGCUGCUACUCCAGGACACCACGAAGAGUUUCCACGGGAACUACUCGUGCAAGGGAAAGAACUACGCCGGAUGGGGAAACGAGAGUGCCAAGACUGAGCUGAUUGUUAAUUAUCCACCUGGUCCAGCGAAACUAACAUACUCUCCGUGGCGGGUCGUGAAAGGCAAGAGUUUGGUGCUCAGCUGUAGCAUAAAGGAGAAAGGGCGACCUGAAGCACAUCGAUUCCGUUGGACCCGCGGCGGUCGGCUAGUCAGUGACAUCGUUUCUCAGAAUUGGACCAUAGACCCAGUGACUCUAGACCACAGAACCAACCUGUCCUGUCGAGGGAUCAACGCAGGCGGUGAAGGAGAACAAGCUUUUACUUCUAUUGAUGUUUUGGCACCACCCAGUUUCAAAUAUGCAAUGAAUCACUACAGUGGAGCGUUAUAUAAAUCACAGAACAUUUCGCUAUCAUGCACGGUGGAAUGUGCGCCGUUGUGCAGCGUGCAGUGGCUGAAGGAUGGCCAGCUCAUCGACCCUCAGAAGACAGACCGGUACUAUGUGGUGGAGAGACAGAUAGAGCCGCAAGUCAAUAGGAAUGACUUCGAGGCUACAGAGUCAACUUUACACUGGAACAUGUCGGCGUGGCCGGGGCGCGCGCUGGACCGCGCGGCGGACACGGCCAGCUACACGUGCCGCUCCUCGCGCAACCUCGCCGGCCCGCCCGUCAACAGCACCACCAAGUUCGCCGUCGAGUAUGAACCAGAAAACAUUACAGUCACACCAAGUGUUGUGUCCGUCACCGAAAAUGAGAUUCCUGAUAGAGUAGUGUGCUCAGCAAGGGGCUUCCCAAUGCCUUCAUACGCGUGGCGCCGCGAGCACCCCAGCAAGGCGGGAGGCAAGGAGCAUGGGAACAACUCCCUCAUACUGUCAUCAUCGAACACACUGCUGCUGGGGCCAGUACAGAGGAAGGAUGGCGGCAAUUAUGUCUGCGAAGCGUACAACAGACAUGGAUCUGUUAACACUACUGUAUUUCUGGAUGUUAGGUUUGUUCCUGAAUGCGGUAUCAAACAGAUCGAAAUGAACGGAGACCAAGUACUAGUCUGCACAGCGCACGCCAAUCCUUCAACGGUAUCUUUCUCAUGGAAGUUAAAAAAUGACAACGACAGUCUAACAGACGAGAAGAUCUGGCAGCAAGGAAUCCAGAGCUACCUGCGUCUUAGCACCAGCGUCGACGUGUACAGAACCUACCUGUGUUACGCGAACAACUCUGUCGGGAUGUCCAGAGCUUGCGAGCGUGAUGUUAUGGCCAACUUGGAAAGUUUUGGUACAAAAGUCUGGUGGCGGGACCAGCAGAAGUUGAUCCUCAUUGGUGGGAUCGCCCUCGCCAUCCUCGUCAUCACUGUGAUCCUCUGCAUCAUCAUCAUUUGCAUCUGCAGGCGGAUGAGGGCCAAGUCCAAGUACAAUAAUCCGGUCGAAUUAGAGGAGCGAGAGAAUCCGGACGGUAGUUGCAUUAACGAGGUUUCGAUCGCGCAAUCAAUUAUAUCGCAAGCUUUACCCGCACUCUCACCAAGGCUAAGCCUUUCGUUCAGUCCAAAAACGACAGACCGAACGAGACUGGUCGACUCGAGUUAUCCCCACAACUUAGAAAUGAACAAAAUUGAGGAAAAUCCCACAACUCCACAAUCCCCAAACGAAAAUGAAACGAACGAAGAAACUGAAUUACAAACACCGAAAACUGAACCUAAAGUUGAUUCGAAUAAGAUCCAAACUGUAGUGACUCCUAGCAAAUGGCCAUUGAAACCUGGAGUGUUAGUUCAUGUGAAUUCGAAUCAUACGUUAAGUCCUAAAAAUCAAGCGCGAUUACAACAAGCGGCUGUAGAAGAAUCGAAUCUAGGUCUACUUGAAAGAAACCAGACUGAAGACAAAUCACCUAAAGUGGAGUACUCAAAGAAAAAUGGGAAACCAAGACAGAGUGUUGUGACGGGAAUAUUUAAAAAUCUUCGAAGGAAAAGUGAAGACUCCGAUGACGAUAGUGGGAAAUACAAGAAAAUAAACAAAAGCAACAAACGAGCAAUGAAUUUGGUUAAUAUGAAUAAACCGGGAUAUGUGUUACCAAAAAACCGUUUGAGGUCCUUGUUCCAAAGCGAAAAGCCUAACAUUAUAGUCACUGAAGGAGUCGUGUCGUUCAAAAGGCCUGAUAAGAUUGUCUCGACUAGUGCCAAAGUUAAACCAUUUACUGAUGAACAACCAAGAAAUACGAGAAAACGCAAAAAGCCGGGCGAUAGCCCACCUUCGAAUGGCGUAGAUAAUGCAGCAAACGGCAACCUUGGAACGGACAACCCCGGGCUCUACGAGAACCUGCCGUUCCACGGACUACAACAACCACCCAAUAAGCCCGUGCAAGCGAUACAGCCUCGAGUUAUUGAAACUAACCCUAAACCAGCGAAAGGAAUAGAAGCGUUACAAAAACAGCUGACUACAAACCCCUCGUUCACGCCUAGGAUUGUGUGCCCGCCAUUUGUGCAAAACGCUAUAGGCUACUCAAUGGCUUCAAACUCUCAAUACUCGUACGGAAUUCCAGUAUUAUCACCCAUCCAACAAAUGUAUCCAUUGCAUCAAACUGUACUUUUAAAUCCUUACUUACCGCCAAUGCAGACUUCGUUCCUAAAACAGUUCCCAACGAUCGAUGAGGAAAUCCCAGAAACAGAUAAAAGAAAAUUCUCCUCAUUAAACACUAGGGUACAUAGAAAACCACCACAGUUUCAGUCCAUGAGAAUAGUUAGAAAACGAAAUAUAGAAAGAUUUUAUCCUAACACUGAAUACGGAGAAAAUUUUAAUGAAAUCAAUAAUAAUAAGAACGCGUCUGAAACUGCUAACGAAGAUACAAUUUAUGUAAAUUGUCCUUCCCUACUUAAAGUCAGAUCUAAUAUCAGUGGAGUGGAACAAUUUGAAAAUCUAACAGACUCAAUACAAGUCUGUGAUGAGACUGAUUUAAAUCAAUCAACUACUUCCCUAAACAGACCAGUACCAGCUCCUAGAACAAAAAUAUCACCAUUCGCAUCUCCAUCCAAAACAGACCAUGUCUACGUUAAUCUUUCCAUGCCUUUAAUUAAUACUAAGUUUUCUAAAUCUAUUGAUACGAUUGAUGCUCCAGUAAGACCGACAAAAUCUGCUGAAGAUAUUUCUAAAACUAAAUUCUCAAAUACUAAGACUGAUGAUAGUGAUAACAGCGAUGAAGAAAAAGAAUCUGAUGACAAAGCAGAUUUUACUAAACCUAACAUAAUAGGCGCGACUCCUAAGAAGAACCUCUCCAUUACAUUACCAUCUACAUCAUUAGUUAGGUCUGUAGUCAGGCAGUUGAACGAUGAGGGAAUAAACAAAGUCGGUUUGCCAAAGAAGCAAGUGAUACCACCAAAUAAAACCUUACAAAUACCUAAGCUAGCCGAGAAACCGGUUCCAAAAAGAUCAGUUGUGAAACGUAGUCACUCAGUGCAAAGUAGUUUGACUGCGGAUAGUGAUAGCACUCAGAAUACUAACAUACUCCAACAACAGUACAUGCAAAAACGUAAUCAUUUUACAAAUUUAAGCAAUAAAGGGAAGAACAAGAAAAACUUUCAAAUACCACUACAAAAACACCAUAGCUUCUGUUACUUCCAACCAAUCAGAGUCGAUAAAAGAAUUCCUGUCGAUCAGGAGAGGUCCUACAACAACACUAUUGGACCGUUAAUCUAUCAGCCUUCAGAGACACAGUAUUACACAAAAACUUUAAACAGAACGAGAGAAAAGAACAGUCAGAAACUAAAUCGUUUGAAAAAAUCUGAAAGUCUCAGAGAGAAAUUAUCAUGUGUCGGUAUUUAUGAUAAUUAUGAGAAACCCGACUACCCAGAGCCUGAAUACAAUGAAUCAGAAAGAAAAUCCUACUUACAGUUACUCAAAGGCAACUACAUAUCAAAUUCAACGAGAAAUUUGGGUCCCGAAAAUUUUAGUUCAAACUACUCGGGUUCGAAAGAUGAUAAGCCUAAACAAAAAAAGUUAGUGUAUGCCGAUUUAGCUUUAGGUAAUCAUAAUUUGAAGUUUAAAAACACUGUCAAUUCAAAUAGACAUUUGUAUGAUACGUAUACAGUAGGUUCUGAUAGUGCUAACAAAGAUACUAACAGUAGUUAUAAGAAUAUGUCUAAUCAGAGAAAAAGCGGUCAUGGGCAACCGCGAAGUGACUACGCUACUCUCAAAUUUAAUGAGAUCGAUGUCUGAAAGCCAUUUAGACCCGAAGACCAAUUCAUAUAUGCCGACGCUGACUUUAAGG